AUGGUGAACGGGGACGGAGGAGAUAGUGAUGAUCAAAGCUUUGGCUCAGGAGAUGAGCCUCCAGUCAUUGGAGGUGCUUCGGUGGAGGAGAACGAGAGGGUACUUGAAGUCUCGCAACAAGAAGCUCUCGAUACGGUUCCUCACAAGCCGUUCGGUUGUACCACUCUCCAUGCCUCCAUAUCACAAGGUCUGCCUCCUACCUCUUCUCUUUCACUACUUUCCGAAGGUUUUGAAAGCGAUUCUCAAUUGUUCAAGACCAAGCCAGAGUCCAGCCAUCUGAAUAUACUGUCUGCAGCUACCGCUGCUUCCAACGAGUGUGAAGGCAGUGUAUUGCCGGAAGUCAGAUCUGGAAACUCUUGUAAAGACGCCUCAGAUAUGAUGGUCCUAUACAACAUACCCAUGGCAGCACAUUUUACCUCUACCCCCCUUUCAUCUGUUGCCAGCCCAGGCAUACAGAGCUUAUCCUGUUGCCCUUCAUUGUCAUCGAAUCUUGCGAGGACUUCAGAUCGCUUGGAUGCCAGAACUGUGAGCAAACGGAUCGAGAGAACCGGUUGCAGCUCUAUUUCUGUGCCUGGCAUUAGUGAAGGGCAGGGUUUUAGGCGGAUGGAGAUCUUGAGUGGUAGAGAAAUGGACGACGACGAAGAUAGAGUGGAAGAUUAUAGAAAUGGAGAAGGGGAAGAGACGGAAGAUGAGGAGGAUGAGGAGGAGGAUGAAGAGGAGGAAGAACUUGGAGACGAAGAAAUAACGAACGUCGAGGGGGAGGAGGCAGAUGAUAUCGUGAAUGAUGACUACGACGAAGAUGGUGGCAUAAACCGUUACAAAUCGGGAGAUCAUUCGUCACCAGGCUUGCUUCAAACCUCUAAGCGACGCGUUACGAAUACAAAUUUGUCAAAUUCUCAUACUCAAGUAAUGAGCAUCCAGGGCGCAAAACAGGUCGACAGAAGGCCGUCGAGUGUGGAUAGUGCUUCGCAUUCUCCUCAUCCUGUCAAUAACAUCCUAUGCAACAAGCCGCAUCCUUCUCCUCUACGGUCGCAGACAUUGUCGCAAAUCUGGCAACCACCGAGCAGCCUAAACGACUUCAGGAACUCGGCAUUUUGCCCACCUCCCAUGCUGGAACGUGAGCGCUGUCCGUCUACCGGCCAACCCAGCCAGUCUUCUGCAAUGGUGUUUGCUGGUCAGAAAGCAUUCUCUACUUCCUCGCCUCUGCUUGAAGAAAUUUGCCGGCCGUCGCCUCCUCAAUGCGAAACGAUAGCCAAAUCGGCAGCCUACUCUGGUCUGGCACAGGCCAUCUGUACGCAACAGGUCCACGCCAACUCAGACUAUUCCGACCUUACAGGAGCCCUUGAUAUACCCUUUAGUCAAAAUCAGUCUAUACUGAUUCAGGGAAAUCAGCAAUAUGCCUAUAAAAACCAUAUGUAUGGCGCUCAACUAUUUCUCACUUGUCCGCACAAUAUGGUCGCGAACUCGGUUGACCUACCAAACGAGCUUGUGUUAGCUGCUCAACCGACCCCACAAGACUCGCUAUCGGCCACUCCACUCAUUCAUCAUUUGACAGACGUGCAACUGUUGGACAUAUCCAAUCAAGAAUUGAAGGCAGGAGAAAAUGGGCUGGGAGCAUUUCAAGCAAAUCCACACUCAGAGAGGUUACCACCCGAGGAGCCUUUGGGCCAUGGGCUUCAACCAAACUGCACCUCUUCCGAUGAGUCUUCAUCAGUCUCACCACCCGUGCUCUUGGGCUGUGGAAGCAGUGCUGGUUGCCCUGAUAAUGCCAGUUGUCACGGCAACAGUUUGGCUGGAGGCAGUAUUUGCACGGGGGUCGGCGGUAGUGUUGAUGAAUUUGAAGUUGAGGCUGGAUCUGCUCGGUUCAAUGGUCCCUAUUGCAAACGAGGCAAUUUGAUCUCUGCCCCACCCCAUUCGGAAAGGCCGAAUAGCUCUCCUCCUGCCCAUAGUCCUGUUGAGCAUCCCAGACGUGGCGGAAGCAAUAGUGAGCAGAAUCAAAACAACAUCGGUAGACUCAUUGUGACUCAAGGCUGGAUCACAGGGCCUUCUUCUCCGCAUUUCGCCGUCGCGAACCUCGAGGACUCUCCAUCCGAAGGCUUGAAUGCGACGAGAAAUAAACCAGUGCUCAAGAAAGAUGAUGCAGUACAAGAAUUUUCAUUCGAUUUACAUGCUCAUGUGGGAGGCAAUACAACCAAAAAGAGCAUCGACAAUGGCACACUCUUGCCGACCAUCUGCUCGCCAACUGCACCUCAUUCAUCAUCUUCCUCUUCCUCUAUUUCCUCACCUUCCUCAUCAUCCUCGACAAUGCCGUCGGUGAUCGCAAACCAGCUCUUCAAUCAUAGCCCUCAGUCGACCCGAGAGUCUUGUGCAAUCACAUCCGUCCUGACGCAUAAUAUGCAUCGCCAACAGCAAAUAAGCCAACAAUAUCAUUAUGCAACCAACCACUUGACAAGAGGUGAACCAGCAAACCGAGUUGACGACUAUUACCUUUAUGCAGUUUCACCAGGUUGGGGACAAGCACAGCAGUAUGGGGUAGAAUCGGCCUCUAUCGAUUGGCUCGAGUCUCGUGGCAACGUCCAUGUGGACCAUGCUGGUUAUGGAACUGGGCCGCAAGAAUGUCGUUUACUCCGGGAGGAAAAUGUCGAUAGAAGUUCUCUAGCUCAACGGAGGGACGAAAUGACCUGUACAUAUUCCGAUAUCGGAAGCACUAGUAUCUCAAGUUCAAGGAUGACAACGCGAAAUAUGAUUCCAGGUUCGUACUCAAGCGAACCAGAGGGAAACACUGCUGUUGUAGCCUGCAUCGAGUUGCCAUGGCAACCUGGAAAGAGUUUAUAUAAACCAGUCCUGGGAAGUGACAACGAUAUGACAGCAGCAUGCGGAAUGUAUACUCCAAGUGAAGCCGACACCUUGGAACAGCCCUUGGUUCCAGCAUCACCAGCUCAAUUUCCGCUUGACUCUUGGGUGCUGCAAAGUUCCUCGUGA